CCUUGCUUCUCUCUCUAUCCUCUCCAUUUCUUCAUAAAUCCUCAUCACUCUAGCUAGUUUCCAAACUAAGAAAAAAAACUCGAUCAUAUUAGUACUGAUCCGGACUGAGGUAUUGUUGGGGGGCCGGAGUACUGCAAUGAGGAUGAGCAACAAUAUUGGGCAGUUCGGUGACACCACACUGACCAAGGUGUUCGUCGGCGGGCUGGCAUGGGAGACACCCAAUGAGGUCAUGCGACAGCACUUUGAGAAGUACGGUGAGAUCCUUGAGGCCGUUAUUAUCUCCGAUAAACUCACGGGAAGAUCCAAGGGCUACGGAUUUGUUACAUUUAAGGAAGCCGAAGCAGCAAAGAAAGCUUGUGAGGACGCCACGCCCUUCAUCAACGGUCGCCACGCCAACUGCAACCUUGCUUCUCUCGGCGCUCGCCGCCCCAGAUCCACCGCCACUCCUCCUCCCCCUCCUCCUCCUCCUCAACAAGGAUCAAUCGUUGGACCAAGGUGCAUUUCACCAGCACCUGUCAAUCAUUUCCAAUGGUACUAUCCUACAGGAACACCGGCAGCAACAUCUCCAGCUCCAGCUUCCUACCAGAAUCAUCAGGCCGUUUCCUUUUAUGGGUAUUUCCCUAGCUACAUUGCAACCAAUAUUAGCUAUAAUCAUAAACUAAGCUACUCCGGCGGGGCCUAUAUGAACGGGCAUUUCUCCCCACAGGCGUACCCUGGGCAUGCAAUGAUAGGGGCGAACACGUUGAUGCCGAUGUACCCGCUGUAUCAUUUCCAUCAUCAAUCGCAGUCGACGAUGGGAGUACCGGCCCAUAUAUUCCCAGCAACGACGGCAGGGGCCGUGGUGGCAGUGCCGCAGGCAAUCAUGUCCAAACCUGCAAUAUCGAUUGCUUCCAACACAGGUACGGUCGGGACAGGUGAAGGUAUUAUUUAAGAAGAAGGUUGGCUAAGCUUGCAAAUAAAUACUCCUAGCAGAGGAGAAGAUUGAAAAGCUGCUGCUCAGAGCAACAUUAUUAUCUGAUCUGUUGUGGCUCUAUAUAUAUCUUUCCAUUUUUUCAAAAAAAAAAAAAGAAGCUUAAAUUAUAUUUAUUUGAUAAAUUAAAUAUUUUUAG